UUUUUACUCGGUAUCGGAUCGCUAAAAAAAUAUCAGUGGUAUCGCACUUCACUACAAAGGUGGGCUCAUUAAUGAGCCGACAGGUGAAAGGCGCUCACCUGACGAGCUGACAGCAGCAGACUCCUCUCGGCUUCCCAGUCAGGCCGCCGUGAAUCUUCACCUCGUUCUUCGGCUUGUCGAGCAGCGGUGAUCUAAAAUGAGCCAGCUGGAGAAAGCCAUGGAGAGCCUCAUCGCCGUCUUCCACUCGUACUCGUCCAAAGAGGGCGACAAGUACAAGCUGAGCAAAGGCGAGCUGAAGACGCUGCUGCGGCACGAGCUCACCGACUUCCUGGCCGGCCGCAACGACGCGGCCGCCAUCGACAAGAUCAUGGCGGACCUGGACGAAAACGGGGACUGCCAACUGGACUUCCAAGAGUUUGUGGUCCUGGUGGCGGCGCUGACGGUCGCCUGCAACGACUUCUUUGUCGGCAGCUGCAAGAAGAAGUAAAUCUGUCAAUGCUGACCACGCUCACAACCUCCACCCUAUAAUAAAUAUAUUCAAACCGU